AUGCAGAAAUCCACAGGCCAGACUGUUGACAUUGUCACCAGGUGCUAUCCACAUCUCUACCGUUCAAUUGCGCUCAGCGCGGCAGACAAUGACACAUCUGUGGGACUGUCUUUGCUAAGACGGACGCUGGUCGAAUUUCCCGAGUUGGCGUCACUGGUACAGGAACUCACUCUACCGCAUCAUUCAGCAGUCAGCGACGUCGAAGAGAUCGUCCCUCUCUGCCGCAACCUAAUUAGCCUUCUGGUCUGGAAUAACAAAACCUCAGUAGACCUUUCCAACCACAAGGCUCUGCGCCGCCUGUCCUGCUUCCCAACCCCAUUCCCUUCGGCUCUGGGGGGCCCGCCCCCGCCAAACUUCGUCCAUUUGACCCAUCUCGGUAUAUUAAUCUCGGAGGGCUCAACCUGGUACCCGCAGCUCUCCAGAUUGAUAAACCUCACACAUUUAUCCACAGAUCUUCCGUCGGUCCACUCGGACCUUCUCUGCUUGGUCGAACAUUUCCCUCCAAGCCUUUGUGUCUGCGUCCUUUUUGAGGAGUGGCCAUGGGUAGAUGUCCGAAUGAUGUCCAUCGCUUCAGGUGAAGUGGACCGACGCAUCGUGUUUUCAACCUCCGAGACCGACAUCGACCUCCCGGUUCCAUAUAUAUGCCGUCCGACAGAAGAUCUUUGGAGAGACUGGGCAAGACGUGGAAACGGGAAUACUCUCUGGGAUGAAGCUGAAUCGAUCAUCAAGAACCGUAGGGUCGCAACAAAUUAG